UGGCGCGAUCCUCCUCGUCUUCACCUGCAUUCACAUGUUAUUCGGUCUCUUUGAAAACCACAAGACAAAAUAAUGAAUCACUGUGAGCUGGAGGAAGUGACACAACAUAUAAAUGACAAAAUUUCCAUGAUCAAAAGACUCCUGGAGCUUCGAGCUAUUGCAAAAGAUCCAGAUAAACGGGGGACGCUUCUCAAAAUUGAACAAGAAGUCAAUGCCAUCAACGAGCUCCUUGAUCGUUUUGAGAGAUAUGUGGGCCAGCAGAGAGAUCUACUGAAGCAUUUAAAGGAUCUGGUAGAGUUUUUCCAGGAGGAUGAACAGGAUGUCCAUCACUUAAAGAGCAACACCCCUUUGCACAUGCCCAGAAGAGGCCAACAAGCAGCUCAGCAAGAAGGAGGACAGGUGGCAGUUCAGAGCAGGCAGACAGAUGCACCACCUGCCCCUCAGGAUCAGGCACUGCCCAGGAAACCUCAGCGCAACCAGAUCAAAGAGAUGGAGUUCAUUAAUGUCCAAGAGUUUGACAGCAUACCACCGUACAUGAAAGGCCGUGUGACGUAUGAUCAGCUGAAUGCUGCGGUGCAAAGCAUCAACACUGCUGUAAUGGCAAAAUAUAAGAUCGUCCAUCAGUCAAUGAAGACCCUGAACAACACAUCCCGUGCACUCCACCAGCGCUUUAAAGACGAAGAAACAAAGGACACCAAGGGUCAUUUUUUCAUCGUGGAGCAGGACAUUCUUGAGUUUGCUCAGCUGAAGGUAGACAAGCGCUUUAGAGGCAUGUUGAAUAUGCUGCGUCACUGCCAGCGUCUGAAGGAGGUCAGAGGAGGUGGUCUCACACGCUUCAUCCUGCUCUAAAAGCUUGGCAGUUUUAAAAAGUACUAUGCACUAAUGUUUUGUGGCAAGCAGUUUAAAGAUGUGAAGCUCAAAGAGUGAGUUUAGUAAUCUGAACUCCCAGGAAAUGCUUUGAGCUUGUUUUCAACGAGAUUCAAGAGAAUCCACGUCUUGUUUGAGAGCCGUUUGUCUUUGAUAACUGCUUUUGAAAUCUUCCGGGUUCAAAACAAGUUUAGCUCAAUCGACAGCAUUUGUGGCUUAAUGUUGAUUACCAUGAAAAUUUAUUUUGAAUCGUUCUUAUUUUCUUUAAAAAAAAGGAAACAUUGAUGUUACAGUGAGGCACUUAACAAUGGAAGUGAAUGGGGCCAAUUUUUGGAGGGUUUUGAAGGCAGAAAUGUGAAGCUUAUAAUUUUGCAAAAGUACUUUCAUUAAUUCUUCUGUUUAAACUUGUGUAUUAUUUGAGCUUUAAAGUUUUUUUAGAACACAUUUUACUGUCAUUUUAGGGUUUGUUGACUACAUCAUCAUGGCAACAAAGUUGUAAUAUUUGCUAUAACUUUACACAGAAAAGGUUAGUAAGUGAUUUUAUCACACUAAAAUCAUGUUUACAUGCACUUAAAUUGCCUCACUGUGACCUUUUAUUUUUGCUGCUUUUUUUUUUUUUAAAGAAAAGGAGGGGCUAGUCAAAAUUACAUUAUGACACAAAUGCUGCUGAUUGAGCUUAACUUAUUUUGAACCUGGAAAUAUUACUUAAAAUGGAUAGUUCACCCUAAAAUGACAUUUUUACAUAAUUUAGUCACCCAUAUGUUGUUCCAAACUCAUGACUUUUGAAAAAUGUUUGGGGUACACUAACCCUUUAAUCAUAACUGAAUGGUUGUCAAAAAUGUCAGUGUCUGUUUUUGUUAAUUGAAUAUGUCAAAUCAUCCUUCUGUAGGUUAAUAUAUUGUGUUAUCAUGCUGAGGAUGUGUCACUUCAUCUGUGAUGAAGAAAUUAUUCAUUAAUUAUGGAAUUAUUUAUAUGACAAAGUGUCAAAAAUAUUGACACUGGCAGGUUAGUUCAAAUAAAAUAGCAGAUUUUGUAACCUCGUGUUAUUAAAAAUAAUGUUAAUAACUCGUGUUAUUUCAAAAGUGUAAGAGGAUGUUGCAUUUCAGCUUUAUUGAUUUUGUGAAUACAUUUACAAAAGGGGUGACUCCAGAGGCGGAGCCAGAGGGGGGUCCGGGGUGGCACUGGACACCCCUGACUUCCGAUUGGCCACCCCAAUAUUUUAUUCGCUACUGGCUGAUGCUGAUUCACAUCUUAUUUAACUUGUCAUAAGAGUUUUUUUUACGUUCGCCGGCAGUUCACGCAGUUAUCAAACGGACGACGAGCCGAGGAUGAAGAAUAUGGUUGCAAGAUACAGAAGAAUAAGAAAAUGUCAUAUUUGAAGUAUGUUUUUAAGGUUUAGCAUCAUGUUUGUUUGCUGAAUAAAUUUUAUGAGACGAUGUGUGAGUUAAUAAUGCUUCAAUAGGUGCGCAAUUAAUCAGAUUAGAGAGAUUGUUUCACAAUUUAGCAUAACAAUCGCUUACAUCUGCGCUAGUAAUAGACGCAUAUAUCGUACAGUAAGUUACAGUAUACAAAUGUUUAGCUAAUGUGGGGAAGUAGGAUACAGCUUCAGCGAGUUAACAUUUAGCAGUUUGAAAUCGAUUAGGUAGUUCAGUUACUUCAGUUCAGAGUUGGGCUAGCAAUGGUCAAACUGGUAACUUGGACUGGCAGUUGAUUUUAAUGUACAGUUAUGAAAAUGAGGAUUUGUAAUUUAAGAUAAUUUUGGUAAUUGGAUGAUUAGAUGUAAACAUAGGCUGUCAUAUUUUUGCACAGGAUCAAUUAAACAUGAAAAGAAAGGGAGAUAUAUCUUUUUAAAGAAGCACAAACAGGCAGAUCAGGUCAAACAGGCCCCAGCCCUUGCAUCACCACUGGACCCCAGAGCAGCUCCCUAGCUGAGGCUAGUCAGUGUGGUCAGACUUCAGGACCACCAACAGGUCAGAGCAUCUUCCAGACACAGGCAGUCAGUCAAAUGCCAAGUUCAGGAAUAUUUACAUUGAGAUGAUUUUGUCAGAUUAAAAGGAUAGUUCACCCAAAAAUGAAAUUUCAGUCAUCAUUUACUCACCCUCAUGCCAUUCCAAACCUGUAUGACCUUCUUCAGCAGAACACAAAAUAUAUUUUGAAGCAUGUUGGUAACCAAAUAGUUUUGGGUUCCCGUCGACUCCCAUUUGUAUUUCUUAUUUUUUUCAUGUACAUUUACUCAUUUGGCAGACGCUUCUAUCCAAAGCGACUUACAAAAGCAACUUUUCUAUACUAAAGAAGUUGAUGGGAACCAAAACGGUUUGUGUUCAGCAGAAGAAAAUCAGUCAUACAGGUCUGGACCUUUAAAAUGUUGGUUCAUGUGUGUUCUUGUUGUUGAUAGCUGUGGCUUUUAUAUUGUGAUUAUACUAUACACUAAUGGGUCUUGUGUUAUAAAUGGAUGUAUCAUGGGAUGACACAGAGACCUCUUUUUCUAGCAAGACAGUGAGCCAGAGCUGACAGGAGAUUGGAUGUUCAACACUUAUAAACACAAACAUAGUGACCCAGUUCUUUCCUCUCUGAGUACUGUGUGAAAUUUUUUUUAUGU